AUGGCAUUAAUCUUGAAUAACGACAAUCACAAUGUCCCAAAUACUCCACAAUUCACCGCCGCAAUCAUGCAAAAGAGUCGCCCAUCAUUGCUCUUAACCGCACCAUUUUCCGAUCCUAGUGAACUGAAUUCUGCUCAUACUCAAUAUCAUCAACACGAGCAAGACACCAAUAAUAACGAUAUCAUUGCCAAUUCUUUGGGAUUAUCCAACUCCUCUUAUAAUCACUUCACCUCGAUGGAUUUUCCGCAGUCGACAUUACACUAUGAUUUACUAUCAACGUCUUCUUUGAAUCUUAUUAUUGAUGAUGACGCCAAAAAUUAUUCUUCGAUAGAAGAAAAUUUGGCCUCCUUUGAUCCAUUUUUACCAUAUUCCCCUUUUUUAUCUACCGAUUCUGAAAUAUCGACACCAUAUUAUUAUGUACCAGAAACGCCUUCAUCACUCGCAACAACAGCUACAACAUCUCCUUAUUACACUCUAAAUGACACCCACGCAAAUGAUUUCACUUUUAUGACAACACCACAUGAAACUCCAACUUCAUCAUCAAUCAACAAUAAUACCACUCAUACCACAAGCUCAUCAUCAGUACAAAAACGAAACAGUAAACCUUGUCCGUCAAGAAACAAGCAUCGUUGUCAAUGGCCAGAUUGCAUUUGGUCAUUUAAACGGGCAGAACAUUUGAAGCGUCAUAUGCUUACACAUACAGGCGAGCGAAAAUAUCGUUGUGAUUAUCCCGGUUGUAAUAAGAGAUUCGGUAGAUCCGAUAAUUUCGCGGCACACCGGCGAAUUCAUCAACGAAAUAAUCCUCAAUUUGUACCGAUGAGUCUACAACGCAAAGAAAACAAUAAGAAUAUUACGACAAUUGAAUCUACUGCUACCAUUGCAACUUCUAUCGAUCUAGUCACUAGCAAUGCACAAUCUGAAAGAGCUAGUUACAACGAUUGCAUCCCACAACAACUUCAAGCGACUAUGUACCAUAAUAGUUUGAUCGAGAAUUUCCGGCAAUCAUCUGCUAAAUUGGAUAAGUCACCGAGCAUUGCGUCUCGAUCCGAAUCAUCCAAGAAAAUGAGAUCAACAAAAAGAUCUAGUGAAAGGAUGAAUCCAAUUACUCGUCGACCGAGUAAACAGUUAAAAAGCAACAGCAAUAUUCCAGAAAAUAUUGGAAUUGCGACACCAACAUCUCCGAUCACUAAUGCCAAUACCAACAAAUCAUCAUCCUCCGUUGAUUAUUUUACAAUUCGGCCAUCAUCGUCAUCUUCUCAAUCACAUUCCCAAAGUUGGGGUAGUGAACAACAACCACCACAAAAAUUAUCAUCGAACAAUUACAUCGUAUCAAAAACAAAUUCAAAUCAUCAACAUUUUCAAUUGUGUAUUCCUGGCGGAGGAAUAAAGAAUUAUCCGUCACCUGCAGCAGAAACAUUGGAAAUUCUAGCAAAUUCAGAUAAUCAACAGCAGAAACUAUGA